CUGCCUUCCUUCCUCCCUCAGCAGCACUCUCCUCUCCUGCUUGCAUGUGCUUCUCUGUUAUCUCUUCUGCACCCUCUGGCUGAGCUGUCACCUCUUCAGCAGCAGCUCAUGCAUCCAGGGAACCGGGCUGUCACCAAGGAAGGACCAUAGACCCUCUGUGUACUGACGUGAGUUGCCUUAAGUAAAAAAAGGAAGCUUUGCAAAUUGCCCUAACAAUAAGUGGAAAAUCGUGGAAAACAAAAAAAAACAAAACUGUUGAAAUCCUUGGAGAACAGAUUUUAGCUGAAUUCUGCUAAGGGCAUCUGAUUCAUUUAUAUUUAUUUUUAUCACAGUCAGUGUUGGUCACCCAAAUUCCAGUUUUUAUGGAUUUCCUAUAAACAGGUCCACAUUUCACCAAUAUGAAGUGGCUCUGCAAACUAAAUGACUCGGAUAACUUCUGGGAUAUUAAUCAGACAUGGCAUACCAAUAACCCAGAUUUCUCGCCAUGUUUUCACAACUCUGUCCUGAACUGGAUUCCGUGUAUUUAUCUUUACGCUUGUACGCCAUUCUAUAUUCUCUACCUCCGAUGUCAUGGCAAAGGUUACAUCAGGAUAUCGCAUCUCAGUAAAGCUAAAACUUGCCUCUCUGCGUUGCUGACAUUUAUCUGCUAUGUAGAUCUGUUCUACACCAUAUGGAACGUCACUCACAAUAUUCCAGAAGCCCCAGUUCUGCUGAUCAGCCCGCUUAUCCUUGGAUCUGCCAUGCUCCUUUCUGCGUGUUUGAUUCAGUAUGAAAGAAUGAAAGGUGUCCGUUCUUCUGCCAUUCUGCUUUUUUUCUGGAUAUUGGCCGUGCUCUGCGGUAUAUUCCAGUUACGGACAAGAAUCAACACAGCCUUCUUAGAGGGGGCUGAAAUAGAUAAGCUGCGCUAUACUCUUUUCGUGCUCUACUUUAUUUUGAUUGUGGUGCAGUGUGUACUGUGUGCAUUUAACGAAAAACCUCCAUUUUUCUCCAGCAUCAAGAAAGAAUCAAAUCCCUGCCCUAUAACAAACGCCUCAUUCCUUUCUCAAGUGACAUUCAGCUGGUUCACAGAAAUAAUGUUUAGAGGAUACAAACAUCCUCUGAAAGACGAAGAUAUUUGGUCUCUGAGGCAAUCGGACACAGCUGAAAUCAUUUUAGCAAAAUUUUCAAGAGAGAUCCAGAAAGAAUGGCACAAGGCUAAACCGUUGGAAGUAAAGACAUUCUCCUCUUUAGCUGUGGAUAAUGAUGCUCAGAAGUCUCAGGGAGAAGCGAGUGAAAUGGAAGUUCUCAUCAAAAGUCCGAGCAUGCAGAUGAACCCAAAGUCACUUCUAAAGAUCAUCUUAAAAGCUUUUGGAGGAUAUUAUCUUCUCAGUACCCUGCUAAUGGCCUUUUUCACAGCUUUCUUGUUUAUAAGCCCUGAGCUCAUGAGCUUGCUGUUGGACCGGUUGAAGGAUCCUGCCUCACGCUCUUGGCAAGGCUUUCUAGUUGCCAUCCUCCUCCUUAUUUGCCCAUGCGGACAGUCCCUUUUCCUACACCAACAUGACUACAUUUGUUGGGUCAUUGGCAUGAGACUGAAAUCAGCCAUUGUGGGCAGCGUUUAUAAAAAGGCUUUGGUGAUCUCCAGUGCGGGGAGGAAGAAUUCUUCUGCUGGUGAGAUUGUUAACUUAAUCUCUUCUGACAUACAAAAACUAAUGGAUUUGGCAACUUGUUUAAAUUACGUCUGGUCGGCUCCGCUCACAGUCAUCGUGGCUAUGUAUUUCCUAUGGAAGACUUUGGGUGUGGCCGUUCUUGCAGGGGUUGCUGUGUUUAUUUUAAACCUCCCAUUUAUGACUGUGUUUGGAAUGAUAAUAAAAAAACUGCAGGAGGAACAAAUGAAACAAAAAGAUAGUCGGAUAAAACUGAUUUCUGAGAUUCUCCAGGGGAUUAAGGUUCUAAAGUUGUACGCCUGGGAAAAUGCCUUCAUGAGGAAAGUUGAAGAGUUCAGGCUGAAGGAACUGAAAGCUGUUCGAGUAACUGCGCUCAUGUUCUCUGGCGCUCUUGCCUUGUUUGUUGCGUCUCCUUUUUGGGUUUCUUUAGCCAUGUUUGGCGUUUUCUUGGCGGUGGAUGACAAGAACGUGCUGGAUGCCCAGAAAGCUUUUGUUACCGUUAUCCUACUAAAUAUCCUCAGAAUCCCUCUUCGUAUGUUUCCCAUGGCAAUAAGUCUUUUAAUACAGUCAUCUGUGUCCCUAAAACGACUGGCCAAAUUCUUUUCUGAAGAAGAACUUGAGCCUGAUAAUGUGGAAACAAUAGACUCAUCAAGCAGGUACGACAUCACAGUGGACAAUGCUACAUUCACUUGGUCCUCAGCUGAUGCUCCGUGUCUUAGUAGCAUCAAUAUUACUGUUCCAAAAGGCUCACUUGUUGCUGUUGUUGGUCAUGUUGGAUGUGGAAAGACGUCAUUACUCUCUGCUUUGCUUGGAGAGAUGGACAAAUUGGAUGGGAAUGUAGCUAUGAAGGGCUCUGUUGCAUAUGUACCUCAACAAACAUGGAUUCCUAAUGCAACCUUUAAAGAUAAUGUCCUAUUUGGGAGGCAAAUGGAGAAGAGUUGGUAUGAUCAGGUUAUCCAGUCGUGUGCUUUACUCCCAGAUUUGAAGAUACUUUCUGGAGGAGAAAACACAGAAAUUGGGGAAAAGGGAGUGAAUCUCUCAGGUGGACAGAAGCAGCGCAUUAGCAUUGCUCGAGCUGUGUACCGGAAAUGUGAUGUCUAUUUAUUAGAUGACCCAUUGUCUGCAGUGGACGCCCACGUCGGGCAACAUCUGUUUGAACAUGUCAUCGGCCCUAACGGCUUACUCAAGGAUAAAACACGAGUUCUUGUAACCCAUGGAGUCAGCUUCUUACCUCAGAUGGAUAUCAUUAUUGUUAUGUCAGAAGGAAGGAUCUCAGAAAUCGGCACUUAUUCUGAACUCUUAAAAAAGAAUGGCUCCUUUGCAGAUUUCCUCCACACCUAUGCAAAUAAUUCUGAAAUGGAAGAAGAUUCACAAGAAGACCAAAAGACUGGACGCUCACCAGGACUCAGAAACCGAGCUGGAUCUAAGAAAGAAGAUGAAGCAAAUUCUACAAGAAAAGAAUCAGUAGCUGAAUUGAAUCACAUAACCAGUGGUGAAGAUCAGGAUGCUGGGAAACUAACAGAGGCAGAUAUUGCACAUACAGGAAAGGUUAAACUCUCUGUCUAUCUGGACUACUGCAGAGUAAUGGGUAAAUGUUAUCUGGCAAUGAUUGUGGUAUUCUUCGUUAUCCAACAAGCUGCAGCUUUAGGACACAAUUACUGGAUUGGGAUGUGGGCUGAUGAUCCACCAAUUAAUGGAACACAGCAACACACGAGCCUCAGACUGGGGGUUUAUAGCUUCUUGGGAAUGCUGCAAGCUGUAGGUGUUUUUGCAGCCUCGGCUACAGUUAUUGUGGGCGGAGUUUCUGUUUCACGGCACCUUCACUCUAAGCUUCUUCACAGCAUCCUCCGAUGCCCACUGAGUUUUUUUGAAAGAACUCCAAGCGGGAACCUUACCAACCGAUUUGCCAAAGAAAUGGACACAAUUGACAACAUUGUGCCCCAGGUCUUAAUGCUGUUUAUCAUGAUGUUUCUAACUAUAGUGGAGAUUCUGUUAGUCAUUGCCAUAGCCACGCCGCUUGCUGCUAUAGCAUUCAUACCUUUGGGAUUGCUUUACUUCUUCCUGCAGAGAUUUUAUGUAGCUACUUCUCGGCAGCUGAAACGUUUGGAGUCAGUCAGCAAAUCCCCUCUCUACACACAUUUCAAUGAAACGCUACAAGGUGUGAAUGUCGUCAGAGCCUUCAGAGAGCAGGAGCGCUUCAUUCGAGAGAGCAAUUUACGUCUCAACACAAACCAAAGAUUUUAUUACUCCAGCUUUGUUGCCAACAGGUGGCUGAGCAUACGAUGUGAUCUCCUUAGUAAUUUCAUCGUUUUCACAGUAUCAGUAGUUGGGGUCUUGUUCAGAGACAGCAUCACCCCAGGACUUGUUGGCCUUGCAGUAGUAAACUCUUUACGGUUAACAGGUGUCCUAAACGCAGCUGUUCACACCGCAACUGACUUAGAAACAAACUCUGUAGCUGUUGAGAGGGUGAAGGAAUAUUGUGAUGUAGAACCAGAGGCUCCAUGGACAUCAGAUUAUGCUCCAGAACUUGAGAAUUGGCCCAGUGCUGGUAAAAUAGAUUUUCACAAUUACGGUCUUAGAUACAGAAAAGAUCUAGAUUUGUCACUGAAAAAUGUCACUGCCUGUCUGCGCCAGGGGGAAAAGGUUGGAAUAGUUGGAAGAACAGGAGCUGGGAAAUCGUCGCUAACUUUGGGUUUGUUCCGAAUUCUUGAACCUGCAAUGGGAAAAAUUUGCAUUGAUGAUAUUGAUAUUUCAACACUGGGUCUUCAUGAACUGCGAUCAAAAAUAACGAUCAUCCCUCAGGAUCCUGUUUUGUUUUCGGGAUCCCUUCGGAUGAAUCUGGACCCAUUUGAUAAUUAUUCAGAUGAAGAAAUCUGGACUUCUUUGAAAUUGGCUCACUUGAAAAACUUUGCUUCUAGCUUGCCCGGUGGAUUGGAACACAUUUGCUCGGAGGGAGGAGAGAAUUUAAGUGUCGGCCAGCGUCAGUUGGUUUGCUUGGCCCGAGCUCUGCUUCGCAAGACAAGAAUAUUAGUGUUGGAUGAAGCCACAGCUGCUGUGGACCUAGAGACAGAUGACUUCAUCCAGGCAACUAUUAGAAAGGAAUUUGAAGACUGCACUGUUAUAACAAUCGCUCAUCGACUCAACACGAUUAUGGAUUACACAAAGAUUGUGGUGUUUGACAAGGGUGAAAUUGUGGAAUUCGAUACCCCUACAAAUCUGCUUGAAAGAAAAGGACAGUUUUACUCCAUGGCCAAAGAUGCUAAUAUAAUUUAGUGGUGAUUGAAGCAGACUUCAUCGAACAGCUAAUGCUACAAGGCAAUAAUAUGUGUAAAUAAAAAAAACAAACCUUUCUGAAUAAUACCAGACAUAGAGCCAAUGGGAUCAAACAACAGAUAUAGCACUCAAUUGUGUUCUGGUCUCAAAUAUCAAGAUGUGUCAAGGAAGAUUAUUCAGGACUGAUCUCACCCCCCCUACAGAUUUGCUCUUCAGUGAUCACCUCUUCCCUUUUUAAGUGGAAACUAAUUUAAAGGGAUAUUAAAUAUGUUCUUAUUUAUAUAUAUAUAUAUAUAUAUAUAUAUAUAUAUAUAUAUAUAUAUAUAUAUAUUAUAAGCACUCCAUUGCAGAUCUGCAUAAAAAAAUAAAUGUUUGCAGUCUAAGAACACACCCUUAGAAAUAAUUUUUGAAUGUGUUUAUUUUAUCCUUUUUGCUCUGAUCAGCUAGGGAGAGCUAUAAAUUAGUUCCAACACUGAUCAAAUAAUUACUGUGUAAAAUGAUGCAAAGUCAGGAUUCAUAAUAAUACAACAAAUACUCUUGCAUCACGGUGUCCGCAGUGUUCAGGUCUUAUUUACAAGUAACUUGCGCAAAAUAAUCACAGCACAAUUAAACAUUUGUGGGAUGAAAUUAUUUUAUGCCAUUAUAACAUUUUACAGUUUUAGUCUAAUUUUGGACUAAUUAAAACCCUACCUAUCAUUGGGACUAUGAAAGGCUAAAUAUCCUUUAGAUUAUAUUUGGAGCUUUUAUUAUGCACAAUGAAACCAUAAAACUACAAUACAAACAUUACCCUAAGUUUCCUGAUACUUAGAAACAUCUGUGCCGAAAGAUAGUAGAAAAAAACAAAAGUGUAUUAAACCUGCUGUCAUCUCUGUAAAGAUUUGUAAAGAUCUCAAUUAAAGGGACAUGAGUGUUCCAUAUUCCAUGAUUUUUAGAUUGUGGUUUAUAUAUUAGAAUGUAAAUAAUAAUGCAUGAAAAUAUAGUAGGUAAAAAUAGGGAUUCAGACGUGUAAGCAUAUUUUAAUCUUGCAGCACUGGUGCUAUGUGUAAUCAUGCAUGCAGUUUAUAAAUGGACUUGUUCUUGACGAGCCAGUAAUAGUAUUAAUUGCAUUCAUUUCUAUACAAAUUUCCUCUAUUAACUUUUAGGAUGGAUUUGCAAAUCCAGUCUACGAGGCCUCUAACAAGUCAGGAUUUAAGGCUGUGGUAGUUCUAUAGGGUACAAAGUAGCCUAAUAUUUUGCUUUCCACCCAUGUUUUUUUUUUGCAUAGCCCUUAAAGGGACACUGUACCCAAUUUUUUUCUUUCAUGAUUCAGAUAGAGCAUGAAAUUUUAAGCAACUUUCUAAUUUACUCCAAUUAUCAAAUUUUCUUUAUUCUCUUGGUAUCUUUAUUUGAAAUGCAAGAAUGUAAGUUUAGAUGCCGGCCCAUUUUUGGUGAACAACCUGGGUUGUCCUUGCUGAUUGGUGGAUAAAUUCAUCCACCAAUAAAAAACUGCUGUCCAGAGUGCUGAACCAAGAAAAAAAGCUUAGGUGCCUUCUUUUUUAAAUAAAGAUAGCAAGAGAAUGUAGAAAAAUUGAUAAUAGGAGUAAAUUAGAAAGUUGCUUAAAAUUGCAUGCUCUUUCUAAAUCACGAAAGAAAAAAUUUGGGUUCAGUGUCCGUUUAAUAGCUCAUUUUGGACAUGCCUUCUGCAACAUAAUUCAUUUACUAUGAGGCCUUUGAUUGGCUGCAAUGGCAAAGCCUAUUUGUAAACACUUUACAAGGCCGAGAAAAGAGACAAAAGCAGCCAUUAGGGAGUGACAGAAAAUAAACUGAGAUCAUUAAUACACAAACACAAAAAUCCUCUCACCUAAGUAAAUUUUAUUUUAUUUUUUUAUAUUUUCAGGAAACCUGACAUGUGAAAAUACAUGCUAAAAUAUUGACCUCUCACUACUGUUGUUUUUUAUUGUUUCCUAAUUAAAUUAAUAUAUUAUUAUUUUUAAUGUA